GGUUCGGUUACCAGAAAGAGAGAAAGGAAAAAGAGUUUUCUUCUCCCCCUUCGAUCCUUUUCUCUCUCUCUCUUUCGCUGCAGAAAUUGCAGAUAAGAGUUGUACGUUCGAAUGAGAGAGAAAGUGAUGAAGAUGAUAGAUAGUGUCGUUCAGUACAGUUCGUUUCUUCUUCAUCUUCUCGCCGGCUCACAUUAGCAUAGCAUAUACUGUUGUACGCUGCUUUUGUAUUUCUUCCGCUUAGUAGUGUUUUACGGGUUUGUUUGUUGUUGUGCGCACUUUGAGGAUAAGGAGGUGAGUUUUGUCGCCGUAGGGCACAUUGGUGGGGAUGGAUCCGUGUCCUUUCGUGCGGCUAACUGUAGGUAAUCUGGCGCUUAAGAUUCCGGUGGCUUCCAAGCCGGCGCGUACCGUAGUGCAUCCUUCGUCGUCGCCCUGCUUUUGUAAAAUCAAGCUGAAGAGCUUCAGUGUGCAGGCCGCCGUGGUGCCGCACAUUCUGCCGGAUAGCCAGUUAACGGACGGGCAGGUGCAGCCGCUGGCUGCGACUUUCCAUCUGAGUAAGUCGGAUCUCGACAGGCUCGCGGCCAAGUCACUCUUCGGCGGGAAAUUGCACCUGAAAAUCUCGAUCUACACCGGCCGGAGAGGUACGAACUGCGGCGUUAACUCCGGGAGGCUUCUAGGGAAGGUGUCUGUGCCGGUAGAUCUCACGGGGGCGGAAUCUAGAGCUGUGGUGUUCCACAACGGUUGGAUUGCGGUUGGGAAGGAUGCGAAGAACUCCAGCGCGCAGUUCCACAUGAAUGUGAAGGCCGAGCCUGACCCGAGAUUCGUUUUUCAAUUCGACGGCGAGCCAGAAUGCAGUCCUCAGGUGUUCCAAAUCCAGGGAAACAUUCGUCAACCCGUUUUCACCUGCAAGUUCAGUUUCCGGACCACUGCAGACAGGAAUCAACGGUCCAGAUCAUUGCCGUCUGAGCAAAGCGGUCCGAGAGGUUGGUUGAGUUCAUUCGGAAGCGAAAGGGAGCGGCCAGGGAAGGAGCGGAAAGGAUGGUCAAUUACAGUUCAUGAUCUUUCCGGUUCACCGGUUGCCGCUGCAUCAAUGGUGACUCCAUUUGUUGCCUCUCCCGGUUCGGACCGGGUGAGCCGGUCUAAUCCAGGAUCCUGGCUGAUUCUCAGGCCCGGAGACGGUACAUGGAAGCCGUGGGGCCGCUUAGAGGCUUGGCGCGAGCGAGGCUCAAACGACGGCCUCGGCUACCGCUUCGAGCUGAUUCCGGACUCCGCCGCAUCCGGAAUCGUCCUGGCGGAGUCGACGCUGAGCUGCAGCAAAGGCGGGAAGUUCUCGAUCGACCUGGCGUCGUCGUCGAGCGGGUCGACGAACGGUACGAGAACGCCGAGAAAUGCAACGUCGCCGGCGUGCAGCCCACGCGGCAGCGGCGAUUUCGGUUACGGCUUGUGGCCGUACUGCGUGUACAGAGGGUUCGUGAUGUCUGCGAGCGUGGAGGGAGAGGGAGCGGGAAGCAAAGGACGAAAACCAACGGUGGAGGUUAGCGUGCAGCACGUGAACUGUACUGAGGACGCAGCGGCUUUCGUGGCACUGUCAGCAGCAAUUGAUCUCAGCAUGGACGCUUGCAGGCUUUUCUCUCAAAAGCUCCGCAAAGAACUCUGCCCUCCACAAGACUUAAUCUCUUGACUUUAUUUUAUUUCAUUGGUUUUUUUUUUUUUUUUACUGAGUGGUAAAAAAAAAUGGUGCGAUGGUUUUUGCGUCCUGUCGCGUUUCAUUUCGCUGAUGAUUAUUGUCAGCAACAUUAGUAGUACUAACAAGUGAGUAUAGGGAGGAGUGUGUUGUACAGAGGGUGGGGAAUUUUACAUUUUUACUGACAGGGCACUGCGCGCUCUGUUUUUUUUUUUUUUUACCUAGGGUGUGUUUGAAUUCUGUAACCUUUUUUACCAUUGGUUUCUUAUCAAUUGCCAAUGGUACCGUUUUCGCAAUUUUAAUCAUCUAUCCUACUUUGUGUAAAAAAAA